AGCAGAAAGGAAAAAGAUGUACAUCCACACAUGAUCGAUGCAGUAGGUGAUGGACCUUGGCACAAGCGCACGCGUAAUUAAUAACCCAACUCCGGGCAGAAAUGAGCGGGGACCUGCCUCUCCCGGAGCCCCUGGCCCCUCUGGAUCAGCUGUACCACUGUGUCCUGUCUGCGAACUGUUCCAGCCUCACGGCUGCACACACCGCCUGCCUGCUGCGCUCCUGCCUGUGUGCGCAUGGAGACGGAGUGAGUGCGCUUGAGCCCGGGUGCGAGGUCGAGAGUGUCUGCGCCCCCGAACUCCAGUGUGUGGCCCUGACUGUGCUGGAGCAGCUGCUGUGUCGUCUCACGGCGGGCAAGGGGGGCCCUGAGUUCCACCUGUUUGCUGAGGAGACUUGGAGUCUGCUCCAGUCUGAUAUCGUGGGCGCACUGCUGCAGCAGUUUAACUCUGAGGACCUGCUCCUGUCUCACCUGAGUGUGAUGUGUGUGUCUGCGGCUGUCAUCUACCAGCUGCAUCAGACUGGCAUGAUCAGUAGUGAGUGGAGUCAGUGGUGUCACCAAGCCCUUUGCAUAUCUCCUGGGCCCCUCAGUAGUCCAGGGCCUCUCUGUCCCACCGGCCCCCUUGUGGAUGCUUGUGUCCGCUCUUUGACAGAGGUCCUCAGGCGAAUACUGAAAGGCGGAAACUAUGAGCUUGCAGAGAAGGUCCUGGUGGAAUUCGACCCCACCCUGUCAGCCUUCUGCUCUCAGUUGCUGAGUGUGGACGCUGGGGCCGGUUGUGGAGGUUGGGGGGUGUCCGUGAGCCUGGUGCUGGACCUGCUGGAGGUGCUGUGUGCCUGCAGAAGUGCGUGUGAGCAACAGGGGGCAGCUCUGAGUGCCCAGUGCCUGCUCUGCCUCUGCACCUCCAAACUGCUCAUCCUAUGCUCCAGCCCACUCCUCCAGCCUGAGCCUGCGGUGAGACGGAGAGUGCUGGUUCUCUUGAAGAGGGCGCUGGUGCAGAGGGCAGGGGAGGACUGGACCAGGGGACAGUCAGGGCUCAGGUGCAGUGAUGUCUGCUUGCUGGCCAAUAGUGUGUUGCGGGUGGCGGCCAGGGGCGGGCUGAAGGGUGUGCUUGUAGAGGGGGAGUCCUUCUUUGGGGGGACAGCUGGGUCAGGCCCCUCUGUGGACAACGUGACCCUCAGAGCACUGUGCCUGGUCCUGCUCAAAGCCAUGGAGCUGCAGUGUCAACCCAGUCAAUCAGGCAUGUGUGCACCAUACUGGAACUUUGCAUAUGACAGACUUUUAUGGUUUUCUAAUUCUGACUUGGUUUGGUGGGAGAGUACAGAUGGGUAAAAUUGAAGAAAAUGAGAAUAAAUAGGUAUUGGCCAUGAAAAAUAUCAAUCGAUCUCAGGUUGGCAUUUAUUUAGUUUAAUCAUUUAUUGUAACUUUGACUGGAUAUGACUUGGUGGAUACUUAUGUAACAUUAAGGCCACUACUCCAUCCUCUACAAACAGCAGUGUCUUGUGUAUUCUGUGUUAGUGUUGCAG